GAUCAGCAUCAGUUACUAUCUUUAUCUGUGGGCUUGAUAAACCAGUAAACCGCUGUAAAACCAACCAUCGCCUAUUAAUAUUCAUAGUUGCACUUUUCAAGUUAUUCAACAUUCGCUAGGUGGCAGACCCUUAUGAGUUAUGAUCAAAUAGUUAAAAAAUUAAACUAAAUUAAAAUAAAUUCUAGAACUUACAACUCAUAAAAUAAUUUUCCAUGUCCUCCUUAUCGACAUCAGAAUCGGUUUUGGUGAAAGAACUAUUUGUUUCAUCAAAAACACCUGUGCAGGAACUUGAAAAUAUGUUGGCAGUUUUCGACUUUGAUCAGACAAUAGUUGAUGGCAAUUCUGAUAUAGUUGCUAUUGAUUUAAUAAAUCCUACCAAUCUUGUACCAGACAGAAAAGAUUACCCAAAUAAUUGGACUCAAUAUAUGCAACGAGUAUUUGAUAUAAUAAAAACUAUCAAAAUUCCAGCUGAACAAAUAAUCGAUGUUGUAUCCUUAAUGAGACCCAAUGAUGGUAUGCCAAAGCUGAUGAGAGCGCUUUAUGAAAACAAUGUUGAUAUCAUAGUGGCAUCUGAUUCAAAUACAUUGUUUAUUUGCAACUGGUUGAAACACAAUAAGUUGUCAGAUACUGUUUCAUGCAUUUAUACAAAUCCAGCUACAAUUGUAGAUAGUGUCAUUAAAAUUGUACCUUACGCUGUUCAAAACAAAUGCAAUAGGUGUACUACAAAUAUGUGUAAAGGAGACAUUGUGGAGAAACAUGUUUUAAAUAACAAUACAAAAUACGAUAAAAUAUUAUAUUUCGGUGAUGGUCAAAACGACUUAUGCCCAAUUUUGAAAUUGACUAAAAAUGAUAUUGCCUUUCCGAGGUCGGGUUACAUAUUAGAAAACUUGUUGAAGUCUCACAUAACACCAGCAAAAGUAAUGCCAUGGUGUACAGAUACAUAAAUUAAUGGAGAUAGAACUUUUCUAUCAAAUAAAUCAAGGUGAUCACUGACCACAAACAAGAUUUAACGGCAGAUUUAUUAUUUACCAGGCUACAGCAAUAUUAGCGGAUAUUUAAAUUUUUUCAUUGAACAAUUUAUUUUUGUAAUCAUAAUAAUAGCUUGUUUUAUUAAAAUUAUUUUUACUAUUCUUAUGCACAAAUUUAGUAAACCUAACUGCAAGACCUCUUUCUGGUAACAAUACAUGUCUAAAUUGUAAUAAUUUUUUUAAGGUAUCUGAAUGCAUUUGUUAGGUUUA